UUCAGAUACACACACAACAAACUACCACAGUUUCUCUCUCUUUCACUCUCUUUCUCUCUCUCUGCCAUGGAAGAUGAAAAAGCCUGCAUCACAAGUCUAACUCUGGGUUUGGGAAUUGGAGGAGGAGGAGGAGGGUAUCCCCCAAAGAAGAAGCAGAAAAUGAUGAUGAUAAUGAAGAACAAGCCUAUUAAGCCUGUGCCUUCUCUGGACCUAACUUUUGGUGAUGAUGAAGCUUUUCCGAAAGAAGCCAUUGAUGAUGAUGAUGAUGAUGAUGAUGAUGAUCGAGAAGAAGAGUUAUUCAUCUCUUUGAAUAAUAAGAGAGUCGGUGAAGAACACAGUUACAAUAAUAAUAAGCACUGCCCGAAUGGAAACAACAGAGAUGACAGCUAUAAUGAUGAGAAUAAUAAUAAUAAUUAUUGCAGCAGAAAGAAACUGAGACUCACCAAGGAGCAAUCAGCUUUGCUUGAAGAAAAUUUCAAGAAUCAUACCACUCUUAACCAAGCUCAGAAACAAGCACUUGCUAAGCAAUUGAAUUUAAAGCAUAGACAGGUUGAAGUUUGGUUUCAGAAUAGAAGAGCAAGGACAAAGCUGAAGCAAACAGAGGUGGAUUGCGAGUUCUUGAAGAAAUGCUGUGAGAGGUUAACCGAUGAGAAUCUAAGGUUGAAGAAGGAAUUGCAGGAGCUACGUGCAAUCAAAGCUGGACCAACACAAUCACCAACACCGCCAUUGUACAUUCAAUUACUCUCUUCUAAAUCUUCACCCUUGACUAUUUGUUCUUCUUGUGAGGAGCUAUUGAAGAAGACCAAACAAGAAAAUAUAUAAUAAUUAAUGUUGCUGUUAUUCCCAACACAAAUUGGGACCAGCUAGUGUAGGUUUAAUUUAAUUAAUUUAGACUAGUACUGGCACUAAAGGUAAACUGAUCAUAGUAUAGUAUACUUUUGAUCAAGCAUAUUGGAUUAUUAUUUUGCAGUAUUAAACUUCAAUUGUUCAUUAAUUAUUCAUAUAGAAAAUAUGUGAUUAUUUAUAAUUUCUCUA